GGAGGGAGGCCGUCCUCUCCCAGCACGCUUUGCGCUCGAGUGUCCCAGUGUAGCGCCAUGUUGUAAAGAAGGAAGAUCGAGAGGGGCCGCAAUCCGCUGCAAUCUCUCCGCUCUGCCUGACUAGGUGGGAUGGUUCCCUGUGUUUUUAAGGUAUGAAUGAAGUGCUCUGGCAGGACUCCCUCCCCCAGCAGCCGUAUCAGCCGCCGCCACCUCAGGACACUCUCGGCAACAGCGUCGUUCACAAUCACAACAUGCCCGUGGUGCUAACUGGACCCUCCUCCGCCGGCCCCCAGCAACAGCAGCAGCAGCACGCCGCCUCCCAGGCGCUGGCCGCAGCCGCAGCAGCAGCAGCCGCAGCCGCCUCGGUCUCCACGCAAGGCCCGGGCUCGAUGGGGCCUCCCCUGCCGGUGGUGGUGCCAGCCCUGGCGCUGGCCGCCGGCCGCUCGCAGGACGAUGCCAUGGUGGAUUACUUCUUCCAGCGGCAGCCCGGAGAGCACCUGGGAGGAGGCGCAGGCAGUGGAGUAGCAGGGGGUGGUGGUAGUAGCGGAGGAGGUGGAGGAGGAGGCGGCGGUGGUUACAAUGGGAAGCAUCGCUGGCCUACAGGAGACAGCAUCCAUGUUGAACAUCACCAGGUACGGUCCAUGGAUGAACUGAACCAUGACUUUCAAGCACUGGCAUUAGAAGGGCGGAGCAUGGGAGAGCUUCUGCCUGGUAAGAAAUUCUGGGAGUCUGACGAUACAAACAAGGAUGGGCCGAAAGGGAUAUUUCUUGGAGAUCAAUGGCGAGACAGUGCAUGGGGACCUUCAGAUCACUCUGUGUCACAGCCAAUCAUGGUGCAAAGACGUCCCGGUCAAGGUUUCCACGGCAGCAACGAAGUCAACUCUGUCCUAUCUCCACGCUCUGAAAGUGGCGGUCUGGGUGUCAGCAUGGUGGAGUAUGUGCUCAGCUCUUCUCCUGGGGAAAAACUGGAAUCCUGCCUCCGGAAAGGGCCAUUCGGUUCUGGAGAUGCUGAGGCUCAUAAUGAAAAAGGAGACAAGAAAGGAAAAUCAUUUGAUGGGGAUAAGAUGGGGGACCUGAAAGAGGUAGAAGACGAUGGAAUUGAUAAAACAAACGGCUUGGUGGUGCAAAAUGGCAUAGAUUCUGAUAAAGACUUCAGCCGUACACCUGGCAGCUGUCAGACCUCCCCAAAUGAAGUGGUGGACCUGCUCGGACCUAAUCAGAACAAUUCAGAAGGCCUGGGUCAGCUGGCCAACAACAACAAUGUAAAGCCCACAGAAGACUUCAAUAACGUUGAGUCACAGAAUGUGCCCUUGGAUUCUAUGGAACCUGUAGGACUGGAUUCUCUUCAAUUUGAUUAUUCCAGCAGCCAGGUGCAAAUGGAUUCUGGAACAGCUGCUGUGAGCUUGUUUGAUUACACCUCACAACAACAGCUUUUCCAGAGACAGAACGCGUUGACGGUUCAGCAGCUGACAGCUGCACAACAGCAACAGUAUGCACUUGCAGCCGCUCAACAACCUCACAUAGGUAUGUUUUCAGCCGGCCUUGCUCCAGCGACCUUUGUUCCCAAUCCAUACAUCAUUAGUGCUGCCCCACCAGGUACAGACCCCUACACUGCAGGGCUUGCUGCGGCUGCAACUCUGGCAGGCCCUACAGUGGUUCCACCACAGUACUACGGUGUUCCAUGGGGUGUUUACCCAGCGAAUCUCUUCCAGCAGCAAGCUGCAGCAGCUGCUGCUAACAACUCAGCAAACCAACAGGCUGCAUCACAGGCACAGCAGGGGCAGCAACAGGUUCUGCGUGCUGGAGCCAAUCAACGGCCCCUGACCCCAAAUCAGAGUCAACAAGGCCAACAAGCAGAUAGCCUGGCAGCAGCUGCUGCUGUCAACUCAGCUUUAGCUUUUAGCCAAGGACUGGCUACCGGAAUGCCAGGUUAUCAAGUCCUUGCUCCAGCAGCUUACUACGACCAGACUGGUGCUCUUGUGGUGAAUGCUGGGGCUCGGAAUGGCCUGGGAGCUCCUGUUCGCCUGGUUGCUCCAGCACCUGUAAUUAUAAGUCCAUCCGCCGCGCAGGCAGUUGCCGCCGCAGCAGCCUCAGCAAAUGGUACAGCGAGUGGUUUAGCGGGAACAUCCAAUGGCUCCUUUCGCCCAAUGAGCAACCAGCAGCAACAACAGCAACCACAGCAGCAACCCACCAACAGUUUGGCCUCAAACUCAUUCUACGGUAACAAUUCCCUGUCUAGCACUUCACAGAGCAACUCACUGUUCUCUCAGGGGUCUGGCCAGCCUGGCGGCACUUCCCUGGGCUUUGGAAGCACUAGUUCACUUGGGGCGACACUCGGAUCUGCACUUGGAGGAUUUGGAUCAGCAGUUGGCAGUUCCAACACCAGCAGUGGUUCAAGAAGAGAUUCACUAACUGGUAGCUCUGAUCUGUACAAGCGAACAACCAGCAGUCUUGCUCCCAUCGGCCACAACUUUUACAAUGGAUUGGGUUUCUCGUCUUCCCCUGGACCAGUAGGCAUGCCUCUUCCAAACCAAGGCCCCAGCCACUCGCUAACACCACCACCGUCUCUAUCAUCCCACGGAUCAUCAUCGAGCCUUAACCUGGGUAAGAGGGGUGGGCUUACAAAUGGCAGUGGAAGAUUUAUCUCUGCCGCCCCAGGAGCUGAGGCCAAGUACCGCAGCGUCAACAGUGCCUCGAGUCUGUUCAGCUCCAGCAGCCAGUUGUUCCCACCGUCCCGCCUGCGAUACAGCAUGUCGGAUGUGAUGCCGUCAGGCCGCAGCAGGCUACUGGAGGACUUCCGUAACAAUCGCUACCCAAACCUUCAACUGCGUGAAAUAGCCGGCCACAUCAUGGAAUUCUCUCAGGAUCAACAUGGUUCAAGGUUCAUUCAGCUUAAAUUGGAGCGAGCUACCCCUGCUGAGAGACAGCUGGUCUUUAAUGAAAUUCUGCAGGCAGCCUAUCAAUUGAUGGUGGAUGUUUUUGGAAAUUAUGUAAUUCAGAAAUUUUUUGAGUUUGGAAGCCUGGAUCAGAAGCUGGCGCUGGCUCAACGUAUCCGCGGACAUGUUCUCUCUUUAGCGCUGCAGAUGUAUGGCUGCCGUGUGAUACAGAAGGCUCUGGAAUCCAUUCCCCCAGACCAGCAGAUCAUUCAUUGUGCCAUACAGAACGAAAUGGUGAAGGAGCUCGAUGGGCAUGUCCUGAAAUGUGUGAAAGAUCAGAAUGGAAACCAUGUUGUACAGAAGUGCAUUGAAUGUGUACAGCCACAGUCUCUGCAAUUCAUCAUUGAUGCUUUCCAAGGACAGGUUUUUGCUCUCUCAACUCAUCCAUAUGGCUGUCGUGUUAUUCAGCGGAUUUUGGAGCAUUGCAUGCCUGAGCAGACCCUGCCUAUUCUAGAGGAACUGCAUCAACACACAGAGCAGUUGGUUCAGGAUCAGUACGGGAAUUACGUCAUUCAGCACGUCCUGGAGCACGGCCGUCCUGAGGAUAAGAGCAAAAUCGUGUCUGAAAUCCGAGGAAAUGUCCUGGCCUUGAGCCAGCACAAGUUUGCCAGCAAUGUUGUUGAGAAAUGUGUGACCCAUGCCUCCCGUGCUGAGCGAGCUCUGCUGAUUGAUGAAGUGUGCAGUAUUAAUGAUGGUCCUCACAGUGCCUUAUACACUAUGAUGAAGGAUCAGUACGCAAACUAUGUGGUACAGAAGAUGAUUGAUGUGGCAGAGCCAGCCCAGCGCAAGAUUGUGAUGCAUAAGAUCAGGCCUCACAUUGCAACCCUUCGCAAAUACACGUAUGGAAAGCACAUCUUGGCCAAACUUGAAAAAUAUUACAUGAAGAACGGUGUGGACCUGGGCCCUAUCGGCGGGCCACCGAACGGAAUGCUGUAAAUGUGAAAUUUUUAAAAGCGGAAUAACUCCUCUUCCCAAAACCCUUUCCUGGGGGACUAAAACGUGAUUGACUGAUGUGAUAACCAGCAACCUAAUUUUCCACCCCCCCGCAGGCUCAUAAAACAAAAAAACACCUUGAUUUUAGGUUGCCAUACCAUGCUAGCAACAAGCAAACCAAUUUAGUUUCUUCAGUGAAAGCAUUUAUAAAUUUUAUUUUAAUGUUAUGUAUAUAUUAUACGUGAUGCUUAGCAAUUCCCAAAGUCCUAAUUUUUUUCCAGGAGAUGUUCACACUUUUUUUGGUUAAUUUUUUUAGAAAUGAUCACUGCCCUGCUUUUCUACCUUGUCUCAGUGAUGUAUAGAAAUAGUUGUACAUAAGGUUUAAGAUAAAAAAAAAGAAAAAUACAUCCAAAUUGUGAUAUUUUAGUCAUCCCGUUACAUGUACAAAAAGUAGAAAAGUUCAGGGUGCUUUUUGGUGAAAUUGGGCUUGCGUCACAGGCAGAUUUGGUUCAAUAUACUCCUGCUGUGACAGUAAGUGCAGGAAAUUGAAAUCUACUUGUAAUUAUCUUUUUUCAUUAUGGACAUGAGCUUUUCAGCAAUUAUUUGGCAAAUUUAUAUUUAAAUCAGUUACACAGGUUUUCAAAACAAAUGACAAUUAACUUUAAAAUGAAAGUUAUUGUGUGUGUAAAAAAAAAAAUUAAAUGGGUGCUGUGAGCGCCAUUUUUCAUAAUUUCCCCCCAACCUGUGGGUGUUUUUAAACCUGAAUACCUGGUGUUUUUAUGAUUUUUUUUGCAUUGACUGCCCCCUGCCCCUGCCCCUGCUUUCUGGCAUUCUCAGAUUCCAGGUAUGCUGUUUGGUUCUCUUUCAUGUUGAAUUCAACAAUGGAACACAAUUUCUGUUGUCUGCACCCUCUUAAUAGGCGUGUGGCUUGCCUCCUAUUCCUUCAACAGGUAGGUGUGUACAAUAAAAUAUAGAACCAAGAGGACUGAAUAUUUUACAAACUUCAGCCUGAGGAAGACAAAAUGAAAUCCAACCAAAUGUUUGGUCUUGCUUAUAAAUAUGUAGUGUAUAAUUGUUGUAGACUUUGCAUAUAUAUUUGUAGUUUUUUUCCUUUUUUGGCAAUUUGAUGUCUAUCUGUAUCUAAAAUGUACCCUAGUAGUGGAGCAUAAUUUGACUGUACAAUUGUACAUUUGUAAACCUCUAUAAUGUAAAUGUGGAAAGUUUGAACCAACUUUAACCCUUUGAAAACAAAAUAAGACUGUGCAUUUCAGUGUAUAUUCACAUUUUUUUCCUUUUGUCGUUAGCAUAUAGUAUUGUACAAUGUAAAUUCUCAAUCAGAAGUAAAUUUUUGAAGGAAAAUGUUCUAUCUUUAUACAGCUUAGGGAAUGUAAAACACUUGCUUUCUUUUUAAUCUGUCACUCGAUGGAACGGUAGUCUUUAUAAAUGUUGUGGAAAAUUAAUAAUCUGUUCACAUAGAACUUUUACAAAUAUUGUAAUGUUUUUUUUGUUGUGACAGUAAAAACAAAUUGUGCAUAGCAACAGAACCCCAUAGUUACCAUAAAUGAAACUUCUUGUUCAUCUUGUAAAGUGUGGACCUACCCCUUUUGUACAGAAGAUACCUGUAUUUUGCAUUUUUGUCUACUUGUAAGUGAAUGUAUGAUACUGUCAAUUUUCUUGGUUUGAAUAUAGAAAUGUAACACUACAUUCAUGAUGUACAUUUACAGAAAGCCUUGUGUAUAUUUCCAGAAGAACUUUUGCAAGUACACUUGUAACCAUAUGUGUAUAAUUAACAAACCUGUGUAUGCUUGGCCUCUGCAAAUAUUUUUUGUAACUUUUUUCUUGUGUAGAUUGUCUCUUAAAAACAAUGCGUGCUCUUUAUUUUGAAAAGAAAAGUACUUUAAAAUCUGUACUUGUGUUUUAAAAAAAAAACUCUGGGUGGUUUGGUUAGACAUUUUUGGAAAACAUCAUUAAAAGAGCUAGUAAUUCGAUCGUU